ACUCGGGAGCUGACAUUAAGGAGAGCCUGUCCAUGCUCCAGCUGAACGCAUCAAGACAGGGACUCACCGAGGACACAUGGAUGGACAGGGACAAAACCUAGCAGCUCAGUUGUCAGCCGGCGCGAGGGAUUUCUGGAUAUAAUGGGGAAUACCGCACCUAAACCACUGCUAGAUGUGACUCUACAACACCGCCCGGUGGCCAGCAGACAGUACUACACCCUGCCGAACAGUGGGGCAGGUGUGGAAAGAAGAACAUCUGCUCCCCCAGUCAGCAUCAACUCGGAGUCACCCCAUUUUCACCCGCACGCAAAGGGCAAGAACAUUAGGCUGGACGCACAGCUUCGCCGAGCCACUCGCAAGAACAGCUUCUGUAAUGGAAUCACUUUCACCCAUCGGCCUGUUCACCUUUACGAAAAGGUGCGACUGCGCUUGAGUGGCGUUCACACUGGCUGGAGUGGAGCUCUGCGCUUUGGGUUUACCAGUUUGGAUCCCAGUGAACUGGUGACUGCUGACAUCCCCAAGUAUGCAUGUCCAGACCUGGUGACACGGCCCGGCUACUGGGCCAAGGCUCUGCCCGAGAGGCUGGCCUCCAAGGAUAACGUGUUAUCAUUCUGGGCCGACCGCCACGGAAGAGUUUUCUACAGCAUCAAUGAUGGAGAGCCCAUCCUCUUCCACUGUGGGCUCAGUAUCAGCUGUCCACUCUGGGCCAUCAUAGAUAUCUAUGGUAUCACUCAGGAGGUCUCUCUACUCGACAGCACGUUUGCUGAGAGCGUGGGCUCCAGCUGUCUAAGCGCGGCCCGUCUGAGUGCCUACCUGCCCCAGAGCAGCCACGACUCCGCCAAUUUCAGCAACAAUCAGCUGGAGAACAACCAGGCUGCUGUUGCCAAGAUGGCCAACCUGCAGCUCAGCAGCUACUCUCAGCUCAUCCCCUGCUGCUCUUCCUCCCCCCCAUCCUCCUCCACUGUCUCCACCCCAGGCCCCCGGGUGGUCCGGGGCCUGCCCUCCCUGCUGGACAAUGACUUGCACUUUCACCCCAUCAGUGGCUCUGAUGUGAUUCUCUCAGCCGACCGCUUGGCUGCCUGUAUCCACUUUCUGGACAGCAGUCGGACACUGGUGUUCAGCGACCGGCCGCUGCACGUGGGGGAGACUUUGUACCUGGAGGUGGGCCACCUAGGCCUACCUUACUUCGGGGCGCUGUCAUUCGGUUUGACGUCCUGUGACCCGGCUUGUCUGCACGCUGCAGACCUGCCGGCUGACCCUGAAGUUCUCCUGGACCGAAAAGAGUAUUGGGUGGUGCACCGAGGCUUCCCCAUGCCCUGUUCUGGAGACGUUCUCAGCUUCAGCUUGUUGCCCAGUGGAGAAGUGCACCAUGGGGUGAACGGAGCUGGGCGGGGGCGGCUGCUCUGCGUGGACUCCUCUCAGGUCUUGUGGGCUUUCUUCACCUUGCACGGCGUCAUAAACAGACUCAGGAUACUCGGAACACUGCAGUCCGGUCCUCCCUGCACAUCCCCCACAGCUUCUCAGAGCAGCAGCCCAGAUGACAGUGACUCAGACCUGGCGUUCAGCGUCACCAGAUCCUCCUCUGCCUCUGAAUCCUCUCUGGUGACUGCUCCCAGCUCCCCGCUGAUCCCCCCCAUCUCUCCCUUGCUUCCUGUCUCCGAGCUGCCCCCUGCUGGCAAAAGCGGAGAGUGCACCAUCUGCUUCGAUCAAGAGGUGGACACAGUCAUCUACACUUGUGGACACAUGUGCCUGUGCAACGACUGUGGGCUGAAGCUCAAGAGACAGAUCAAUGCAUGCUGCCCCAUAUGCAGGAGGCCCAUCAAGGAUGUGAUCAAAACAUAUCGGCCAUGAUGGAUCUGUUUCUUCUCUUCUCAGGCCUUGCUGGACAACCGUUCUGACCCCAAACAGAGAUAAGCCACUCUGGAACAUCAUUGUGCCUCUAGUGUCCAUUUCAAAUGGAA